AUGUCAUCACCACAAACUAUGUCAUUUGCACAAACUUAUAUACUAGCUUCAAAAGUAAGAUCAAAAUUAACAAGAGAAGCUUCAUCUCCAAAAUCUUCUUUAAGAAAUUUAGUUACUCAAGCUAAUAUGUUAGAUAAUUUAAUGGAUUAUAUAAGUGAAGAAACUGAAAAAAGAAAUCAAGAUAAACAUUAUAAUAAUCAAAAAGAAAUCAAAUUUAAUGUACCUUCAAAACAGAAAAAACCUAACAGUACUAUAAAUUCACCAUUAUAUAAAACUUCAAUAACUGAAUAUGAAAUUGAUUCUGAUUCCGAAAGUGAAGAUGAUUCUGAUUUUUCAGACUCUGAAGAAGAAGAAGAAGAAGAUGAUGAUGAAGAAAUUGCAACUACUACUACUACCACCACUACAAAUGAAAUUCAAUUAAAUGACGCUAUAUUCGAUACAUCUAAUAGAAAUUUAUCAUUUACAAAUAUUCCACAUAUAACAACAGAAGAAGUAAUAGAUAGUGAUUCUGAUUCAGAAGAAGAAGAUUCACAAGAUAUAGAAAUAAAAUCAGGAUCAUCAUCAAUUUAUUCAUCAAGUGAUUCAGAUAGCGAAUCAGAAGACGAUGAUGAUGAAGAUGAUUCAGAUGAUUAUUAUAUUUAUUCAGAUUCAGAAGAUAUAGAAGAAGAUAUAUCAAUAAAUUCCAAAAUACCAAGAUCAAUGAAUAUACAAAAACCAAAAUUUAGACAAUUACCUUCAUUAAAUUUAUCAUCAAUUGAAGAAGAAGAAAUAGAAGAAGAACAAGAUGUCAAUGAUCAAAUGAUUGAUGAUGAAGAUGAAGAAGAUGAAGAUGAAGAUGAUAAUAAAACAAUAACUAAUGAACAAGAAAGUUUACAAGAAUUUGAAAUGCCAGAAUUAUCACAUACAAAUUCAAUAUCAGAUGAUGAUGAAAAUUAUAAUCAUUUUGAAUUUAUAAAUAAUAAUAAUCAUUUAAUUAUGCCAUGGAAUAAUGAAUCUAAUGAUAAAACUACAGAAAUAAUACAUCACAAUCAUAGUCAUCAACCAUUAAGUUUAUUUAAACAUGAAAAUUUAACAUUAGAUCAAUUAAUUUAA